UGAACUUUCAUUGUAUCAGGAAGCAGCGUCAACGCCUUCCCGCGGAUGCCGAACAGACGCUCCGCCAAUUAUUACCGCCACCCCCGUCAGUUCUAUGCGGGGUUUAUUAAGCAUCCCAUGCGACAUCGUCCGAGAUGUGGGCUGGUCCAUAUGGACGCACUGAUCGCUGGUCUCCGGUUUCCCCUACACUCGUUCGUUGUGGAAUUCCUCCGCCGGUUAUCAGUCCUACCGGCACAGUUCGUGCCUAGUACCUACAGAAUCCUGAACGGAUUCAUCGUUCAGUGCCAUGAUCUGGGGAUUGCCCCGAACGUUGAUCUUUUCCUGCAUUGCUACGGCGUUCAGCCUUACUGGACCACCGGGUACCUGCGGCUUGUUGCCCGUCCUGGCCGUUCGCUCUUCACCGACAACCCUACCCCCCCCCCCCCCCCGGAGAAAUGGGAGGAACGAUUUUUAUUCGUUCAUGUGGGGUCACCGUUGCCAUUCCUUGACCGGUGGAAUACUUACCCCGCUCAGGAUGUCUCCCCCAAGGUGGAUGCGGCCAUCCUCUGUCAGUAUGAACGGUUUCGUCUGGCCGGUCCCAAGAACCUUCGAUCUUUCCUGACUCCUGCUAAAAUGCUAGCUGUUGGCAUCGGUACGAUUCUUUUUAACUUAGGGUGUUCGGUGUAUCUGUCAAUUCUUUGCUUAUCUUUCUUUAUUCCUCUUUUUUCUGCAGGUGUGAUUCCCUCCACUCCCCCGAAGCGUCCCGCCCCUACUCCCUCUCCCACUGAAAUAGUUAAUAAGGGAAAGGAGAAGGUUAUUCAGCCAGGUUCUUUCUCCGGCCGGGAAUCUGGGCCAGUAAACAAGCGGCCAAGGACCGAGAGCGGUGGUGAAUUGGUCCCGAUUGAUCAGGUCAUUGAUCUGACGGACCCUUCGGUGGAAAGGAUGCAUGCGGUCCCCUCCCCUCCCAGGCUGCUUGGCAACAGGGGAGGUUCUGCUCCUGAUAAUUUCCCGAUCCCCGAUCAGUUGACGGUGGAGUUUUCAGCCAUGGGUCCCCGAGCUGAAUGCCGGACACUGUUCGGGCAAACUGCAUCAUCCAUGUGGUGCAAUACUUCUCUGAAGGCUGGUGAGGGUUUCACCAACCUGACUCAUUGGUCCGAUCUGGUUGAAGCAGGCCACGCUGAGACCCUUAAGGCCGGUACAUAUUACCACCGGGCCUUCCUAGCUGCUGAACGGGAGAUGACUCUCCUUCAUCAGGAGCUGGAUGAGAGCCAAACCCUUUUGGCUGCUGCGAGGAAAAUGGCUGCAGAUCUCCAAGAUCGGGCCAACAAGGGUGACAAGGCCAGGGAGGAGCUGGCUGAAUUGGAGCAGAGGCUCCAACGACGUGAUCGGGAAAUCCGCGAUCUACGUGCCAAGGUGAAGGCCGCCGAAGCUGCUGGCCUUAAGAUUGAAAAGGCCAAAGGGGAGAAUCCUCCUGCCCCCUCUAACGCCGAUGCCUCCAAGAUCACCAAGAAGGCAGUGAUUGAUUUUCAAAGGGGGAAAGGCCUGAAUAUUGCCCCAGAAAAUACUGCUCGGGAGUUCCUAGGCAAGCAUCUGGGCGAAUUUUUAGAGAAGAGCAAGGAUCCGUUGCAUGAUGGCCUCAAGCUUCUGGAUGAAACCCCGUCCGGGACUGCCUUUGCCAAUGCUCUAGCAAAAGACACUCUUGUUAAGUGCCAGGAUAUGCUGGUCGAUCGAAAUCUGGAGGUGAUCAAGGAGUCUUUUGAUGAGCCCUUUGACCCCAAGGAAGAAGGUUUUGAUCCGUUAUUCUGCCGCGCUUAUCAGCGAGUAAUGGAGAAGAGGCAAAAGGCCAAAGAUUCGGCCGAUCCUUCAAAUUCCAAAUCUGAUGCCACGCCGAACAAGGAUCCUCCCUUGGCUUAGUUAUUUCCAUUGUAGUCCAUUUUUUUUUGUAUUCUUGUAUUAUUCCCGGCCAGUAGUGCCGAAGAAUAAAGAUUACAUAUUUCUGAAUAAUCGGCUUCCCGAACACUUAGUUUUUUUUUCACAAGUCAGCACCAUGAUUAAGGUGCAAGUCGUUCGGUCUAUC